AUGGCCUCCAGAGAUCCCUUCAGUACGCCGAUACCGAACGCGUCGCACCCAGACCUCGAGAAUUAUUUCGAUGGCGAUCAUAUUCCGCCUCCGCACCGAUUAUCCCAGGGACUCUCGAGCUCUUCCUACCCUUCUACCUACGCUCCAGCCGACGCCGCUUCCAGAGGCACAUACGCACCAACCAACAACAACAUGUCCGCAUACACAGACCUCGAUAACGGACACACCGCACCAGAACAGCCAUACCAGUGGCGAGAGAAGCCUGCCGCGAGCAGCAGCAAGCGCAAAUGGAUCAUACUCGGCAGUAUCGCUGCCGUGGUCACCCUCGCCGCCGUCGGUGUCGGCCUUGGUGUCGGUCUAACACGCAACUCGUCCGGUAACUCGUCGAACCGCUCGUCCUCUUCCUCGUCUUCGUCUUCUUCGGACAGCUCUGAUCCGUCGGACUUCACCAAAGACUCGAACCUGAAGCAAGUCUUCUAUGGCAUCGCAUAUACGCCGGAAGGAUCGCAGUAUCCCGCCUGCGGUAAUAACCUGACUACUGUCAUCAAAGACAUUCAAUUGCUCUCCCAGCUUACCACUCGCCUUCGUCUCUACGGAGCGGACUGUAAUCAAUCUUCUUUGGUGCUUGACGCCAUCGAACAAACCAAAGUGAACAUGUCCGUCUACUUGGGCAACUACCCUGCCGCAACAGACGCUGGCGUCGCAUACGAGCGUCAGCGGGACGAGAUCAUGACCGCCCUCUCAUCCUUCGGCACGGAUCACGUCGCAGGCAUCAUCGUCGGCAACGAGUUUGUCCUCGACUACAUCACAUCUGUGGACUCUUCUGCUCCUUCCACCGACGCCAAUAGCGACGUGGGAAAUGCUGCAGCCGCGAUACUUAUCCCGAACAUCACGGACACGAUCUCUCAGCUGAAGAGCGCCGGCUAUGAUCUGCAAGUUGGUAAUGCCGAGGCGGGCGCCUACUUCAAUGACGAGAUCCUCGAGGCGGUCGACUUCGGAAUGUCAAAUGUACACCCGUGGUUCGCGGACGUCACUGUCGAUCAAGCUGCCGGAUGGACCUGGGAGUUCUUCGACGAGACGAACGUCGAGCCUGCUGCAGCCCUCAGCAAUAAGCCUACGAUGUACAUCGCUGAGACGGGUUGGCCUACGGCUUCGGAUGACACUACAAGCGAGUCGAAUGGGCCGUCGAUGGCUAACACGACCAACCUCCAGAUCUUCUUGGACACCUAUGUUUGCCAGGCCAACGCGAAUGGGACCGGGUACUUCUUCUUCGAAUACUUCGAUGAGACGUGGAAGGCGGAGCAAUAUGGAGGUGUAGAAGGCCAUUGGGGCUUGUUCUAUUCCAACCGUACACUCAAGGAAGUCACCAUCCCUGACUGUUCAUGA